AGGCAGACGGCGUCGCAGGCGGGUGGCGGCGGCCGCGCUGGCUGCCGAGGGCGGGAGCGAGUGAGUCAUUGCGCGCGUGUGAGGGAGGAAAGGAGCGAGCGAGCGAGCGAGCGAGCAGCCCGCGCCCGUCGCCCUCCCGCCGCUGCCGCCAGGUCUCCCCAGCCGCCGACUGCCUUCCGCCCAGCGCCCAGGCCGGGCCGAGUCGAGCCGGGUCGGGCCCGGGCCAUGCUGCUCACCGUGUACUGUGUGCGGAGGGACCUCUCCGAGGUGACCUUUUCCCUCCAGGUCGACGCCGACUUCGAGCUGCACAACUUCCGCGCGCUGUGCGAGCUCGAGUCCGGCAUCCCCGCCGCCGAGAGCCAGAUUGUCUAUGCAGAAAGGCCUCUCACCGACAACCACAGGUCACUGGCUUCUUACGGUUUAAAAGAUGGUGAUGUUGUGAUUCUACGACAGAAGGAGAAUGCAGACCCUCGCCCUGCAGUGCAGUUCUCAAACUUACCCCGGAUUGACUUCAGUAGCAUAGCUGUGCCUGGCACGUCAAACCCCCAACAGCGCCAGCUGCCCAGAACCCAGGCUCAGCACUCAUCUCCUGGGGAAAUGGCAUCUUCUCCUCAAGGCCUAGACAACCCAGCCCUGCUCCGAGACAUGCUGCUGGCCAACCCGCAUGAGUUGUCCUUGCUGAAGGAGCGCAACCCACCCUUGGCGGAAGCUCUGCUCAGUGGAGAUCUUGAGAAAUUCUCUAGGGUCUUGGUGGAGCAGCAGCAGGACCGAGCCCGGAGAGAACAAGAACGGAUUCGUCUGUUUUCUGCUGACCCCUUUGAUCUCGAAGCUCAGGCAAAGAUAGAAGAAGAUAUAAGGCAGCAGAACAUCGAGGAGAACAUGACGAUAGCUAUGGAGGAGGCCCCGGAGAGCUUCGGCCAGGUCGCCAUGCUGUACAUCAACUGCAGAGUGAACGGGCAUCCUGUGAAAGCCUUUGUCGACUCAGGAGCCCAGAUGACUAUUAUGAGCCAGGCCUGUGCAGAAAGGUGUAACAUAAUGAGACUGGUAGAUCGUCGGUGGGCUGGCAUUGCCAAAGGAGUAGGCACACAGAAGAUUAUUGGAAGGGUGCAUCUAGCUCAGGUUCAGAUUGAAGGCGAUUUUCUGGCGUGCUCCUUCUCAAUUCUGGAAGAACAGCCUAUGGACAUGCUUCUGGGUCUGGACAUGCUGAAACGGCACCAGUGUUCUAUUGACUUGAAGAAAAAUGUUCUGGUGAUUGGCACCACGGGCUCACAGACCACCUUCCUUCCUGAGGGGGAGUUACCAGAGUGUGCUCGUUUGGCAUAUGGAACCGGGCGAGAGGACAUACGGCCAGAGGAAAUUGCAGACCAAGAAUUAGCAGAAGCCAUUCAAAAAUCAGCCGAGGAUGCAGAGCGUCAGAAGCCAUGAUGCAUGUAGUGUGUGUGUGCUGCAGCUGGAGUGGGCCCGGACCAGAGAAAAGCAGUAAAGAAUCUACCUCACUGGGAAUGUCAUCAUUGCCGACUUCAGAUGGGUUUGACCAUCCAGCUCCUUCAGGGCAGAGUCCUGAGGUUGGUAGCCCGACGAGUCUCGCUCGCUCUGUUUCUGCUUCCGUCUGCGCCAUCAAGCCCGGUGACCCCAAUAGCAUUGAAUCUCUAGCUAUGGAGGCUACGAAGGCUUCAGCUGAAUUCCAGACAAACUCUAAGAAAACAGACCCUCCUCCUCUGCAGGUUCUUCCUGACCUUGCUUCCUCAGCAGAGCAGAGUCUAGCCAUGCCUUUCCAUAAGUCAUCAAAAGAAGCCGUUGUUGCAGGUAAUCUGGAGAAAUCUGUUGAGAAAGGAACCCAGGGCCUCAGAGUGUAUCUCCACACAAGACAGGACGCUAGUUUAACUCUCACAACUACUGGGAUGCGGGAGCCACAGAUAUUUGCGGAGGAAAAGAGUUGGCAUCCAGAAAAUCAGACCCCAAGUCCCGUGAACGGCCUUCAGCAGCACAGAGAAACAGGGAGUGUACAGCGAGAGGCUGGACAGCAGAGUGUUCCACAGGACCAGGGCUGUCUUUGUGACGCAGAAGACCUUGAGCUUCAUGAAGAAGUUGUCAGUUUGGAAGCUCUGAGGAAAGGUGAGCUACAAAGACACGCUCAUCUUCCCAGUGCAGAGAAGGGUCUUCCAGCUUCAGGACUCUGUAGCUGUCCAUGCUCAGAAGCCCUGAUGGAAGUAGAUACAGCUGAACAGUCUCUGGUUGCUAUGUGCAGCUCAACAGGCAGGCAGGAUGCCGUCAUCAAGAGCCCUAGUGUAGCACAUCUCGCUUCAGAUAAUCCCACUAUGGAAGUGGAGACAUUACAGUCUAACCCGUCCUGUGAGCCUGUGGAACAUUCCAUCUUGACUCGGGAAUUGCAGCUCCCAGAAGAUAAUGUUGACAUGUCUACAAUGGAUAACAAAGAUGACAAUUCCUCUUCCCUUCUAAGUGGCCACGGUCAGCCCUCUGUGGAAUCAGCAGAAGAAUUUUGUUCAUCUGUCACAGUGGCCUUGAAAGAACUCCAUGAGCUUUUGGUCAUUAGCUGUAAGCCAGCUUCAGAAGAGUCACCUGAGCAUGUUACCUGUCAGUCAGAGAUAGGAGCUGAGAGCCAACCAAGUGUUUCAGACCUUUCAGGAAGAAGGGUCCAAAGUGUGCAUUUGACCCCUAGUGACCAGUACUCACAAGGCUCCUGUCACCAGGCCACCUCUGAAUCAGGAAAGACAGAAAUCGUAGGAACUGCCCCUUGUGCUGCGGUAGAAGAUGAAGCAUCCACUAGCUUUGAAGGUCUGGGUGAUGGCUUGUCACCUGACCGAGAAGAUGUCCGCAGAUCAACAGAGUCAGCCAGGAAGAGCUGUUCUGUCGCCAUAACCUCAGCUAAACUGUCUGAGCAGUUGCCCUGCACCUCAGGGGUAGAAAUAGCACCUGAACUUGCAGCAAGUGAGGGUGCCCACAGUCAGCCUUCAGAGCAUGUGCAUAAUCCAGGCCCAGACAGGCCGGAGACCAGCAGUGUCUGCCCUGGAGCUGGGUUGCCCCGUAGUGGAUUGGACCAACCUCCCACACAGUCCUUGUCCACCCCCUCCGUUCUUCCACCGUUCAUCUUUCCUGCUGCAGAUGUUGACAGGAUUCUUGGUGCCGGCUUCACUCUGCAGGAAGCGCUCGGGGCUCUGCAUCGAGUUGGUGGGAAUGCAGACCUUGCCCUUCUUGUUUUGUUAGCAAAGAACAUUGUAGUCCCAACAUAAUUGUGGGAAGUGGGCUAGGCCACACGUCAUUCCUUUUGAAAAAGCCCUUUUCACACAAAUAUACUACACACACACACACACAAUGUGUAGAAAAUCUGCAAGCAAAAUGUUGAGCCAGAUUUUUUUUUUGCCGGCCAAAGUAAUUUAUGAUCUUUUGUCUGAAUUUGUCUAUUCUACUUGUUAACAUUUGGGCCUUUUAAAUGUAUUGGCAGUGUGUGCAUACAAAGCUUUUUAUUCUCAUGACGAUGAUGUAUUCUGGAAUAAAGCAGAUGGUUUUGUGUAUAGCAU